CUGCAAUUCCUUCACCAAAAACCCAUCAUUUUUCUGAAGUGUGCUUUCUUCCAAGGGGAAAGAGAUUUGGUAAUCGAUUUUCAGUGUUCCAUGGGUGCUAAUUCGACUAGAUUUCCUGAUAGGGGAAGUUAAUUGAGGGUGAGAUUAAUGUACAAAUUCUGACAAGUGGGGCUGCGAAAUCAAAAGUGUUUAGGUUGCUUGCGUAAGUGUGGUUUUUGACGGAUCCUUUUUAUAGAAAAAUGGGGGAUGGUUUGCUUGGAGUCCAUGUCAAUGAGGUUCGCCCGUGUAGGGAAGCAGCCAACGGCUUCCAAUACGGACUCAGGUUGUUCAGUCCUGUGUCAAUUCCAUCCGGUCCGGUCCAGUCCAGUUUCGUUUUCGUGGGCCCAUCGUGGGAUCAGAUUGGAGCCGUUCCUUUUGUGGAACUCGUAAGGUUCUUGAUAGAAAAAAUGAUGUUAUCUAAAUACCGAUUAAUGACUUAUUGGACACAUAUAUCUUGGAAAAAUGCAAUGUGCACACUGAAUUGGACCUGUUUGUUUCAAGAAAAAUGUGUUCCGGUGAGUAUCGAUCGGCACUCAUUCUUGAUUUUUCGCAUAGUUCUUGAAGAACUUGACAAGCCCGGGAUGAGCUCACAAAAACCGAAACCUAGACCGGGCUGGAUGGGAUUAACACUGUAGUCCCUCCAAUACAUCUGUGUCUCGACAUGUGCGCACAACUUUCUCUAUUACGCCUAUUAGAUCCAACUGUAUAUUUUUAGGGCUCACAUGCUGCGUUGUAUGUUUUGGGGGUGUUCUGUGUUUUGGUAUGUAGAAUUAUUGAAAUAAAUGAUUGUGUUAUUUUAUAACCUAGUAGUGUCAAGAUAAUGUGUCAAAGGAUAAACUUUUACCACUUGCAAAUAUAUUAUUUGGCCUGCUUGGCAAGAGAAAAUAAUGAAAAGUUUUCCCCCAACAUGACAUAAUUUUAGUCAUUUUAUUAAAGUGGUGUGAUUUGUCAAAUGUACACGGGUACAUAAUUUUUUUUUUAUUCUUUUGCCCUAAUUGAAAGAGCUAGUUGAGAUCUUUAAAUUGGUGCCAAAAGUACAUUAUAAAUGAAGAUGUUGUUUAGUAUUUUGAUCCAAAAAAUAUCUCAAUUUUUUCAAACAUCUAAUGUUAUGCUAUGGAAAGGGUACAAUUUAAUCCCUUCAAGGCAGUCUUGUGAGUUCAUGAAGGAAAAUCUGCACAACGUAGAGAAAUCCGGUAAUAAAAGACGAGUUGGGCAGUUAGUAGCUGUACAGCCCCUUUGAAUACCUAGGGGAGAAUCAUAAUUGAUCAUGUUUUCUCACCAUUUUGUUUGCAUAGACAAAAUACAAGGGAGAAUGGGUUUCUUAAAUUUUCACACCUGUCUUGUUUUUCCAGACAACGUAAUAGAAAAGAAAAGAAGGAAAGUAUUAAAGUACCUCGUGUUCAUUUAACUUCAUAUUCUGUUCACAAAAUAAAUGCAUCAAGGAAGUCAAUAACAGUAAAUGGCAGUGGUAGAGGGAAGAAGAUGGAGUGAAGGUAAAGUAGACGAGUAUGGAAUUUACUGUAAUGGUUUGUGUUCCGGCACUGGUUCUGUUCAAUGGAGGGCAGCAUCCUCGCUGUGCUGAAUGCAUCCCUGAUGCUGCGAUUCAGACCAGGGUCUUUGAACGGGAUAGAGCAGUUCCACUCUGGCAUUGCAGUCCUCUGCCAUUGUGGCUAGGUACAUUCCUUGCCCACGUUAGUUGACUAGUGAAUAUCCAAUCAUUAUGAUGUUGUCUGGUUUAAAGUAUUGACUAAACAAGUCCGAUUGAUUCUUUGCCCAUCUCAUCUGUAUUUGACAUCACACAGCUUAUUUUAAUUGGUGGCGUGGGAAUGUUGGCAAAAUGCGAUUUGGAAUGAUUAGUAUUGGGUUUUUUUUUUUUUUUAAGCUUCUUGUAUUCUACUAUUGAUUUCUUUUUUGAAGUUGAUUUUAUGGUCAUGUCGAUUGGCAGUCGGUAGCAAGGUAUAAAGGGCCUCAUCGGAUGAGUUCUUUUGUUGUCCCCAAAAGAGGAGGGCUGGCCCUGCCCUUGGAUUGUUACAAUGUAGUUUCUUGACCGUUUGCUAGCUCUAGAAUCUAUCCUAUCCAAAGCCCCAUAUUUUGCUCUGACAUCUAGUAUCUUUCAGAUUUGUCAAAGAGCUUUUACUUCAGUUAUUAGACUUGAUAGUUAUGAUCAUCCACUAAUGCAUGGCCUCAGACUCAGGGUGUAUUAUUCAUAGGUUCCAUCAAAUCAUGCAUUCCCUUUUCACUCCAACUAGAGUUUAUUACAGAUUAGCCUAAGAUGUAUUAAAUUAGAGCUCCUCCAGAAAUUUUAACAUGCUUUACAUUUUCACUCGUUUAUGCUAAUAUGCUAAAUAUGGUCAUUAACAGAUCAGAUGGUGAAGAAGGAUUUAUGUGGCCGACCCGAAUGGACACACAAUGGGUUGGAUUGGUUUGGGUUGAUGUAGAAGUGCCGAGAGUAGAAGUCAGAUAUAACAAUCUGCGAGUUGAAGCAGAGUGUGAGGUGGUUCGUGGCAAGCCGCUCCCAACUCUAUGGAGUUCACUCAAAAGCACUGUACUUGAAUGUGCCAAGCUACCAGGUUUGAAGACGCCGGAGGCGAAGAUAACCAUUAUUGAUGAUGUCAGCGGUAUCAUUAAACCUGGAAGGAUGACUUUGUUGCUUGGUCCUCCAGGAUGUGGCAAGACUACUUUAUUGAAAGCACUUUCUGGAAAUUCAGACAAAUCUCUCAAGGUUGUAGGGGAGGUUUCUUACAAUGGAUACAAAAUGGAAGAGUUCAUUCCCCAGAAAACUUCUGCUUAUAUAAGUCAAAAUGACCUACACAUCCCUGAAAUGACUGUGAGGGAAACACUUGAUUUUGCAGCUCGCUGUCUGGGGGUUGGAAGCCGACCAGAGAUUAUGGUUGAGGUCAGCAGAAGGGAGAAACAAAUAGGAAUUAUUCCGGACCCAGAUGUAGAUACUUUUAUGAAGGCAAUCUCUUUUGAAGGACAGAGGACUACUCUUCAGACUGACUACAUUUUGAAAAUUUUGGGACUUGAUACAUGUGCUGACACGUUGGUUGGAGAUGCCAUGAGAAGGGGUAUCUCAGGUGGUCAGAAGAAGAGAUUGACUAUAGGCGAGAUGAUUAUCGGUCCUACAAAAGCUCUUUUUAUGGAUGAGAUAUCAAAUGGCUUGGACAGUUCCACCACAUAUCAAAUUGUUGCUUGUCUUCAGCAGCUAGCGCAUAUCACAGAUGCUACUAUUCUCGUGGCACUUCUUCAGCCAGCACCAGAAACAUUUGAUCUCUUUGACGAUGUAAUGUUGAUGGAAGAAGGAAAGAUUGUGUAUCAUGGACCCCGUACUCAUGUUCUAAAAUAUUUUGAGGAUUGUGGAUUUAGAUGUCCUGAAAGGAAAGGGGUGGCAGACUUCCUUCAAGAGGUUAUAUCUAGAAAAGAUCAAGCCCAAUAUUGGCACCAAGCUGAACCGUCUUGGAGUUACAUUUCUGUUGAUUUGUUUUGCAACAAAUUUAAGGAAUCUUAUCUCGGGAAGAUGGUAGAUGAGGAGCUAUCAAAACCAUUUAAGAAGUCUCAGAGCCAUAAGAAUGCAAUUUCGUUCAGCAAGUAUUCACUUUCAAAGUGGGCGCUCUUUAGAGCUUGCUUGGCAAGGGAAUACCUUCUCAUGAGGAGGGAUUCUUUCAUUUAUGUAUUCAAUUCAGCUCAGCUUGUUAUCUCAGCAUCUAUCACAAUGACUGUAUUCUUGAGAAGUCGGAUGGGUGUUGAUGCCAUUCAUGCAAACUCGUAUCUGGGUGCUUUGUUCUUUGCUCUCCUCAUUGUUUUUUAUGAUGGUUUUCCGGAGUUAUCCAUGAUUGUUGCAAGACUUGCCAUUUUGUACAAACAGAGAGACCUGUACCUCUAUCCAACGUGGUCAUACACAAUCCCAUCCACCAUUCUUAAGAUUCCUGUUUCACUUUUGCAAGCUCUAUUUUGGACUUCUCUUACUUAUUAUGUCAUAGGAUACAGCCCUGAGCCUGGGAGGUUCUUCCGACAGUUCAUUCUACUUUUUGCUGUGCACUUUGCCGCAACAUCCUUGUUUCGUUUCUUGGCAUCUAUUUUCCGCACCAUGGUUGCUUCUACAACAGCUGGUACUUUGUCGAUAUUAGCUUCCAUUUUAUUCAGUGGCUUCAUUAUCCCAAAAUCCUCUAUGCCAACUUGGUUGAAGUGGGGAUUUUGGGUUUCGCCAUUGACUUAUGGCGAGGUAGGCCUUGCUGUAAAUGAAUUUCUUGCUCCAAGAUGGCAAAAUACAUUGGCGGGUAAUACAACAAUAGGGAACGAAGUACUUCAAAGCCGUGGACUUCACUUUAGGGGAUACUUCUUCUGGCUAUCACUUGGUGCCUUACUUGGGUUUUCAAUACUCUUCAACAUUGGAUUUACCUUGGCAUUAACCUUCUUAAACCCUCCUCGUUCUCAUGCUAUUAUUUCAAAUGAAAAGCUCUUCCAAUUACAAGGAAGUGAAGAUUCCUCCAAUGGUGCCAAUAAAAAAGCGAAGUCAAAGAGCUACCAGAAAACUACGUCAAAACCUCAUAAAGAUCGGCUGGUUUUACCUUUUCAGCCCCUAACUUUAGCAUUUCAAGAUGUGCAAUAUUACGUUGAAACCCUUUCGGCAAUGAGAGAAAAGGGUUUCACUCAGAAAAAACUCCAACUUCUUAGUGAUAUUAUGGGUGUGUUAAGGCCUGGUGUUCUUACGGCGUUGAUGGGUGUCAGUGGAGCUGGUAAAACAACCCUUUUGGAUGUUCUUGCUGGAAGGAAAACUAGUGGCACUUUUCAAGGGGAUAUUAGAAUUGGAGGAUAUCCUAAGAUUCAAGACACUUUUGCUAGGAUAUCGGGUUACUGUGAGCAAAGUGACAUUCAUUCCCCACAAGUUACAGUAGAGGAAUCUGCCGUUUAUUCUGCUUGGCUACGUCUUCAUCCUGAAAUUGAUUCAAAAACUAAAUAUGAAUUUGUGAGAGAGGUCUUAGAUAUCAUGGAGCUUGAUGAAAUAAGAGAUUGCUUGGUAGGAAUGCCUGGUUUGACUGGUUUAUCAACUGAACAACGAAAGCGUCUUACAAUAGCAGUGGAGCUUGUCGCUAACCCCUCCAUUAUUUUCAUGGAUGAACCUACAACUGGAUUGGAUGCAAGGGCAGCUGCAAUUGUUAUGCAGGCCGUAAAGAAAGUGGCUGAGACGGGAAGAACAAUUGUUUGCACCAUUCACCAACCAAGUAUUGACAUAUUUGAAGCAUUUGAUGAGUUAAUUCUAUUGAAAACUGGCGGGCGUAUAAUCUACUCUGGACCACUAGGUCAUCAUUCAAGCAGCGUCAUCAAAUAUUUUGAGGAUAUCUCCGGGGUUCCAACAAUUAGAAAUAAUUACAAUCCAGCAACAUGGAUGUUAGAGGUCACAUCCACAGCAGCAGAAGCCGAACUUGCCAUUGAUUUUGCCCAAGUGUAUAAGAAUUCUAUCUUGUAUCAGAACAAUAAAGCACUUGUAAUUUCUCUGAGUACUCCUCCCAAUUCAAAAGAGUUGCAUUUUCCUUCCCGCUUCUCACAAAAUGGUUGGGGACAGUUUACAUCUUGCCUUUGGAAACAACACUUGUCUUACUGGAGAAGUCCUUCAUACAACUUGAUGCGCUCCAUGUAUUCGCUGAUCACAUCUUUGCUUUUUGGGAUUCUAUUUUGGAAUCAAGGGAGGAAAAUAAAUAACCAGCAGAGUCUUUUCAAUGUACUUGGGGCAAUGUUCGCUGCUGCAAAUUUCUUGGGCACAAAUAAUUCUUCAUCAGUUUUGCCAUACGUCUCAAUGGAGCGAUCAGUUCUGUAUCGGGAAAAGUUUGCAGGAAUGUAUGGCUCAUGGGCUUAUGCACUUGCUCAGGUCACAAUUGAGGUUCCCUAUCUCUUAGCCCAAGCAAUUGCUUUUGCGAUGAUCACGUAUCCAAUGAUUGGGUAUUAUUGGUCAACUUACAAGUUUUUCUGGUACCUCUACGUUGUAUUUUGUACAUUGUUGUACUUCACUUACCUAGGAAUGAUGGUUGUUGCAAUCACACCGAGCUAUCAAAUGGCGGCAAUUUUGCAGUCAGGGUUCUACAUUACAUUUUACUUGUUCUCGGGAUUUCUGAUUCCUCAACCGCAAAUUCCCAAGUGGUGGGUCUGGAUGUAUCAUCUUGCUCCGACAUCUUGGACUCUAAAGGGCAUGCUUACGUCACAAUAUGGAGACAUACACAAGGAGAUUACGGUGUUUGGUGAAACAAAAACCGUAUCAGCCUUCUUGAGAGAUUACUUCGGAUAUCACCAUGAUGAGUUACCCAUUGUAGGAGUUGUUCUCGUUAUUUACCCCAUUGUUUUUGCUUCUCUAUUUGCGUUCUGCAUAGAGAAGUUAAACUUCCAGAAGAGAUAGAGAAUGUUUUGAACCCAUAAGUUUUGUACUUGGAAUGAAUAGAUUUGAUCCC